UGGAGUAUUAUAGCUAAUUUUACAGUGUGGCCUGCUAUUAUAGGCUUCAGCAUUUUAUGCUUUGGCAUGAGUCAAGGUAGAUGUAAAUGCAUAUGAGUUUGAUUACAUAUUUACAUAUCUCAGUAUAUACGACAGGUUCUGCCUAUCUAGUAGAUGCAGUGCCUGGAAAAGGAGCAUCUGUAACAGGCUGCUGCAACUUUUUUCGAUUAACUAUGUCUGCUAUUCUUAGUUUUGUAUCGCCUAUUAUGGGGGCCAAGCUAUCGAUUGGCUAUGUAUGUGUACUUUUAGCUUUGUUAAACAUGAUAGGCAUGUCUUUAUUGGUUUAUAUCAAAUUUAAAGGGAUUCAUAUAAGAAGAAAGACUGGAUUAGCCCAACUGAAAUAAUAAAUUGAAGACAAAGAAAAGAUUCCUUAGAGUGUAACCAGAGAGAUUUACUUCUUACAGCUACAAGAGGUGCAAGUGCACUUGGUACCACAGUUACUAGUAAACAUUGAAUAUACACAUUUUUAGUCAUAAGUUUACUUACCCGCAACAGCCGUUAUGAGUUUGCAUUUUAUAUAAAGUUUUG